AUGAGCGGCAUUCAGUUUAGCUCGAGACGCUGCCCGGAGAUCAAGCCGUGAUGCGCGCGCGCGUUUUCUAGAACCUUUGAAUCGAUCCGUUUGUAUUUCCCCCCCAGCAAGAAAGUGUACGGGACCUGGUGGAUCAGCUGCCGAGGGGCUAGACGAUUGUUCUCGGGUGCGUGUUCCCUGCUGUGUGUGACGUAGUGGUGGAUCGACCGGUCGAUUCAGUGUGUCAAGUGCCUGUGUGAGUUCGAUGUGGUUCUGGUGAAUUAUACAAUCGAAACCAGUGUGUCCUCAGGAAGAAAGAACAUGAAUAGUGCCACCUCUUCUGCUGCUGCCAUUCACCAGCAGGAUUCGCUGACCUUGGAUGACAUGAAGGGGUUGGGGACAAGGCGGGACAAUCUCGUCGCCAAGAUGUCCAACGGGAACGGUAGCAACAUGGUCAAUGCAAACAGUGCCAGCAAUAACAAUAACAAUAGCACUAGUAACAACAACAAUAACAAAGUGACCAAUGGAAGCAGUCAAAAUAAUGUGCUAUUUGCUAUGGCGACGGCUGCUGUGGUUUCUGAGAUCGAAGACAACAAGCUCGGCGCCAACGAUAAGGAGAAGCUUACGAAAGCGGUGAUGAAGGUGUUCGAAGAGUACAAGUGGACUCCGCCUACUAAUGUGGUCAAAUCGCCGACAGAUAAGAAGAAAAAUCACAUCAAACGACCGAUGAACGCCUUUAUGGUCUGGGCCCAGGCGGCGCGGCGGGAAAUGUCCAAACAGGAGCCCAAACUGCAGAACUCCGAGAUCAGCAAGGAUCUGGGGAAGAUGUGGAAGAAUCUGGCCGCCGAAGACAAACUGCCCUUCAUCGAGCAAGCGGAGAAGCUCCGGAUGACGCACAAAAGCCAGCACCCGGACUACAAGUACCAACCGCGGCGGAAAAAGUCCAAAAAGUUUGGCAAGCACGGAAAGCACUGCUGUGACGAGGACUGCGAAGAUUCUAACGGUUCUCCACCACCACCUCCGAAACCCCGUGCCAAAAAGGCCGCCGGUGCCGCUGCAAACAAAUCGAAGGCGUCAAACCAGUCGAAGGCGGCUGCCACGACCGUGCUGAACACCAGUUACGAUUUCACCAAUCAGCAAACCAUUAUAAGAAUUGCUCAGCCGACGGCCGAUCUUCCGACGCCCUCGUCUUCGACUUCAUCCGUCGAGCAAUAUCCGAGUUAUUCGAUGAAAACGGAAAGCGGAAACCGAUUCUACGGAAUUGGCCCAUGUGAGAUGGAGACACCUUGUAGUCCGCAGAGCCCUAGCGCAACGUCUAUCCAUUCCUCUACGGAAGACCAUCCACUGACGCCACCAACCACGCCGUACACCGGACUGGCCAACGUCAAGUCCUUCUCACCACAUUCCCGGUUGUCCAGCAACGACAGCCCCGUAGGCUACUUCAACCGCAAUGACUACAUCAACGGCGGAACGGCCACCGAUUACCGCACUAGCGAACAGUGGAGCUACGCGGCCAACACACUUUCCGCUUCGUCUGCCUUCACAUCACAGACAUCCAGCAAAGACUUCUACCGCAACUUCCCGAACCAAAUGCACCAGCUGCACGACUCCAACUCCAUCUCAUCCUACCAUCUCGCUCCCGCCACGCUUCAAUCCACUCUGUCCUCUUCCCCAAUCCCGUCUCUCCCACCGGAUUACUCCACGCUCACCUCAAUCCCCAGCCAGAACUACCUGGUAUCCCCCUUGGACCAGGACCAGGUCGACAUCGAGCAGUACCUGGACAGCCAAGCCGUGGUCAAGAGAUCCCUCACCGAUUCGCUCCUCCAUCACCAUCAUCCGCAACAGCAGUCCUCUCCAUCGCCCCAAACGGCCGCGUCAUCGCUGGAUGUCCUCAGCUCUGAUCCGACCAUGGCAACCAUGGCCAUCGACCCUAGUGCCCAAUCCUCGGUGUACUACGAUUCGGUCGGGUCUUCAUCGUCCCCAUCGGUACCGGCGCAGCAUCAUUCGCCGCAGCAUACGCACCAUCACCACCUGGCGGCCCACCUGCACCAUCCCCAUCCGCAUCAUCUGCCGCCGGGACAUCCGGGGCAUCAUCAUCACCACCCCUCGAUGGCGUCCCAUCUGCCGUCGUACUACAGCAGCUGGGGCACCGGGAACUACGGGACCAAUUCGUAAUCUAGGCAUAUGGGAGGUUUUUGGAACGGAAGGGCGUUAGUCAAUAGGUUUGCUUAGAUCAGUAGGUUAUCUCACUUUAAAUGUUAAGGUUGAAGUGUUGAAAGGCUGGAUGGAUUAUUGAAACUGACUUGUACACGAACACUUCAGAGGAAUACGCAUAAUUUCCAUUGGUUACUAUUAAUAAGUUGACUUCUGUUAAGGACGUUUCGCAUAAAGGCUUUUGACAUAAUGGGUAUUAGGGGCUUUCCUUACGCAAGUGGCAAAGUUUGCGGCUACGGAGUAAAACCAUGCUGAAGGUGUCUGAAUUCGACACAUUUCUCAUAUGUGUCUAUUCUUUUUUCGCCCUUUCUUAUAUGUGUGAAGCUUUAUUUUUCAUUACAUUUGCAUUUGAACUUCUGAUUUCUAGGGGUUUCUCUACGUUCCUGUCCCAGAUUUCUUUUAUAAAUUCCACCAGGGAUUGAUCCAAGUUUUUGAAAUAGAUUUCAAGGAGAUUCAAAACUCAUGCAUAAAAUCCUUCUUUUUCUGGUAAUCAAUAAGCAUUUCUAUUUUUCCUUAAGCCAUUUAGAAAAUCAUCCAGCCUUCUGCGAAACGUUUUUAUGAGGAACGUCUAAAUCACAAUUAUUACAAUUUGCCAUAGGAAACAUCAAUAGUCUCAAUUUUCAUAUUAUCUUGAAUCUCGAGCAGUGUCGUCAGAUGACUCAUUAAAUCUUUUUUUC